AAUUCUUCCUCAUGAUAAAGCUUUGAAUUGUGUCGUCAAAUCAAAUGGUGUCUGACCAAGAUCUAGCAAAAGGAGUCGAGACUUUGCUCCGACAAUCCGACCCCACCUCUCUCACAUCCUUAUCCAGUGUCGUUCACCAGCUCGAGGCUAAGCUAGGGUUAGACCUCUCCGACAAAACCAAUUUCAUCAGAGACCAGAUCGAUCUCCUCCUCCGUUCUCCUCACCCACCACCCUCCUCCUCAUCAAUUGCACAACCUCCUCCUCCUCCUCCUCCGCCUCAGCAGCUGCAUUUUGGCGUCAAUGUUCCGGCGAAAGGGCAUUUCGCACUUCACCCUCCGUCUCAACAAUACCCUCCUCCACAUUUCGCUCUCCAGCCUUCUCCUCCUUACCACUCUUAUGACCUCAAUUUCCAGCAGCCGUAUCCUCCUUACAUGCCUCCACCGCCGCAGCAGCAUCAAGGACCAUCUAUGCUGUUUUCACAAGGCGCCAAAGCUUCUCCCUCUGUUAAUCAAUCCCCAAAAGAAAGUGCACCAGCUGGAACUAAAAGAAAGGGUGGUCCUGGAGGACUAAACAAAGUCUGUAGAGUUUCUCCAGAGCUUCAAGUCGUUGUUGGUGAACCUGCACUUCCAAGAACUGAGAUUGUGAGGCAGUUGUGGGCUUACAUAAGGAAGAACAACUUGCAAGAUCCGAGUAACAAGCGGAAGAUCAUCUGUGAUGAUGCUUUGCGUGUUGUUUUCGAGACUGAUUGUACUGAUAUGUUUAAGAUGAAUAAGUUACUUGCUAAGCAUAUUCUCCCGCUUGAUCCAACGAAGGACUCUGGUCAAGCGAAACGGGCAAAAGCUGAGGUGGAGACCAAGGCUGAGACUAAGACUGAGACCACAGAGCCUGUUAGCUCAACUUCAACUGUUUCAUUAUCUGAGCCACUUGCUAAGUUCUUUGGCACUGGUGAGGCUGAGAUCACAGAAGAAGAGAUUGUUCGCCGUGUGUGGGAAUAUAUUAAACUCAACAAUUUAGAGGACCCUGCAAAUCCAAUGGCUAUUCAGUGUGAUGAAAAGCUCCGUGAGCUUCUUGGAUGUGAAAGUAUAUCAGCUGUGGGGAUAAAUGAGAUGCUGAGGCCCCAUAUGUACAAGCGGUCUUGAUUUCUUCUGGUUCUGACUUAAUUAACUAGGAACUACUUGUGUUGUAUCUAGGUGGACCUACUUAUGACUCUUGGAUGUAGAACUCUGAUAGUGAAGAAAAGAACCUUUCCACUUUUAACUUCCUUUAAUGCUAUUUUCAUCUUCCUUUGUCUUUAGCUGGUUGUGUAUUAAAAUGAUUAGGUUGAUGUAUUAUUCAGGAAACCUAUGUUUCUAGUACUGUAAACUCUAGUGUAAACGGGUCAAUUGGCGUAGACGUUUUGUAUUUAACGCCAUUUACCAAUGAAUGUUAUAGGAACAAAAAAGCAGUGAAAAAACAUGUUAUUAAUGGGUGUUUUA